UUGUAAUUGGAAAACUGCGUACUUAGAUGAAGAGAGGUUAAAAAUUCGUAAGGAAUUUGAAGAAGCUGAUAAACUAAUCCCUAAAAUUGCCGUAAUUGCUUAUCCUGAUUCACAUCCAGAAGCUGUAUGGACGAGUCGUCUUUUGUAUUUUCCUGAUCUUGCAGACAAAUUAUCGAAAUUAACACUUUAG